AUGAACAAAAGACUCCUAUUUAUAGGCGGUGGAACCUUCACGGUUUUAUUAGCAAUCUUUGCAGUACUAUCGAGCAACAAUGAUGAUUCACUUAUCACAAGAAAGUCAUCACAAUCUUUCUUAACCUUCGAACAAGUUACCUAACUCUCAGCCAGUGAGAGUCUAAUUGACAAUAACAGUGAUCCUUCUAAAAUGGAAGCAGUUAAUCCAAAGCAAGUUAUGAACCUUACAAGACUCAGUAACACUAUCUAAUACAUGAUUGGCUAAGCUCUUGAUGUCAACGCAACAAGAAGAUCAGCAAUCAUCACAACAGAUAAGGUUGUCUACAGAGGAAAUGAUACCGUCUUUGUUGAGGUACUACUUAUAGAUGCUGUAACAAACAGACCAGUACAACUUCCAGCAUAAGCAACUAAUGUAAACGAUACCUUCAUCAGAGUCGAUAUUGGGUUGUAUAACGCUGCUGGAUAGCCACUCAAUUAAUCCAACCCAUUCAUAUCCUAGAACGUUACUAAUCUUACUGGCCCUGCUGUAUCAGUCGUCUUCAAGCUCCCUCAAGAUAUUAAUUAUGGUGACUAUGCCAUUAGAGUUGCUGGUGUUAAAUUUGCACCGGCUUCUAAAAUUGUGCAAGUCAGGAUGACUGGCCAAGAUGUCUAACCAUAUCAAUAGCAACCACCCGCAUACAAGAUUCAAUCAUAAGCCUUCGGUGAUAGUUUAAAUAUUAACGAAACCAUUUAUGGUAAAGUUAUUAUUCAAUCACUUACUGGAGAGCCUCUUCCAAAUAACGUCGCUAUUAUCUUUGAUGCAGGGGCUGAAACUGAUGGCGAAUAAACCAUGUAGCUUGUAUAAGAUGGCCAAGCAUACUUCUACUUCACUCCAACACCAGCAUUCUUAGGAAAUAGUAGACAGCUCAGAAUAAUAUGUACUGCUUAUGACUCUGACUUUACCAGCUACACUGCUGACAUCAUAGUUCUCAACAUUAAUCGCCCAGACCUCUAAUCUAACCAAACAAAACCAUAGAAUCAAUAAUAGUAGUAAUAGUAGUAAUUUAACCCUAACGGAAUUAAUCCAAACUCUAUUAAAACCUAUUUCCAAACAGAAGCACUCUCCGAUUUGGUUGUCAAUGUAUCUCAAAAGGUUUACUUCUACACCUAUAUUAAUCCAAAUGGUGAUGAGCCUACCAACGAUGUUUUCAAUUUCGGGUAAGGUUAGAUCAGAGCCUACAACCAACUACAGGCAAAUAUGACCGCUAAUCCAAUCAAUGUCACCGCAGUGAAUCAGAUCUACAGUGGCUUUGGUGUCUUUAACUUCUAUCCAAGAGAAUUCCUUACCUAUUUCCUAGAAAUUAGAGUCCCUAAUCUUGUUAUGGACGUUGAGAGAAAUCUUGAUAUCAGAAGAGAUAACAUUUCAAUGAAAGGCAACCACAUCCUAGAUAACGGAGUUGUUAGAAUCCCACUUGUUGUGGAAGGAUUCUAAACCAGAAGAAACAGAUUCGACUCUAUGAUUGAUAUCCAAAACAAUCCAAACAGCUUUAAGCCAACUUUCAAUGAAGACCUUUUAAUUGAUUACAACUUCACUGAAGUAGAGCCAACUUCAGGUUUCACCUAUAAAUAUGAUGGAAAUCUUUGGACUAUUGGAUCAGUAAAUAUGCCACCACUAUUGGUUUUCAGCUCAUUCCCUAAUCCAGAUAACUUCAAUAAUACUCUUGGUUUCUUCUACAAUUAUACCUAAGGUUUCAUUCCUAACCCACAGAAUGGACUUCUCCCAUAGACAUUGACAAUGAACACUAUUACUUUUAAUGCUUCUUUAGUUGUUUCCAAGUUUGUUGCCAUUGCCAGACAAGCCCUAUUCAAUCUUGAUGAAGGCAAUGCUACUCUCCUAAACUUCACAAUGAACAACACCCUUGAUGCAGCUAUUCUAUCUAAACUCUUCCCAGGAAAUAGCCUUCCAACUCAAAACUCUUUUGGAAAUUAUGGUCCAUCAUGGUUAAAGCAAAAUGCAAAUCUAACAUAAGCUCCUCCAGCUGCCAAGAAUAUUACAAGAGUCUAAGCCGGCCCAGAGGUUGUUGUUGCUCUUCUUAACUAAAACAGAUAACCAACUAGAACUGUUGCAAACAAUGAAGAUAUUAAUUUGAACAUCACUACUAAUAACUUCGUUGACCCUAAUGAUUACUAUCUCAUAUUGAUUAAACAAAAGGACAGAAUCCUUUAUUCAGAGGCCAUAAAACUCUCAAAAGCAUCAUCAAAUGUUAAAACUAUUAAAGCUACUAGCUUUAACAUGCCAAUGGGAGGCAUCAUGAAUGCUAACAUUUACAAGAUAACAGAGGAUUAUUUCCUAUUCCAAAACACAACUAAUGGAACCCUCUGCGAUUAUAACCUCCUAGAAUAAUUAAUGCUUAAUGGAACUCUUUAAGUCUAGAAGAAUGGUUCUGUAAUCUAUUAAGGAAAAACUAUAAAUGCAACAAAUGCAUCCCUAUAAGCCUUAAAUCCAUUGAACUCUUCAAUUCCAUACACUCCACUUCCUAUAAAUUGCGUCCUCAUUACUCUUGAAUAAGCUGCUAAUUUCCUAGAACAAAAAGGCUCUAUCUCAUUCUUCAAGAGACCUUCUGCAAACCUAACAGUUGAAAUUGUGACAAACAAGCAAAAUUACAUGCAAGGUGAGCAAGUCAAUGUCACUGUUAAUGUUAGAAAUGCUAACAAUAAGAAUCUUAUCACAGAUCCAGGUUAUCUUUAUGUCUCAACCACUGAAGACAAAGACCUUAAUGAAACACUUAUGCCAGAUCUUCCAGCUCAACUUUAUCUUUUCCAAGAUAUUGAUGAAAGAAGAUUUGAGUAAUUAAACCCAGGAAAGACCAUUGGCUAAUAUUUCAUGACAUAAGGAGCAAAUAGUUCUGACCUUGCUCUAGAGGUCAUCUUAGCUGCCUCAUAACUUAGAAACUUAGUCUUUGAAUUCGAAUAUUUCCUUCAAAUGAGCAGAGAUCUUCAAUUUGGACGUGGAGGCAAUUUGACUAUUACAGAUGUCAUUAAUCUAAGUCAAAUGUACGGAUUCAAUUUCUUAGGCGGAUAAGGACCAGAUAGCUAACUUAUGAUGUUCAACAUGAUGGAAGUAUUGCAAGCCCUUCCACCUUCAGAAGGUAUUAACUGGCCAUACAGAAGAACAUUCGCUCCAACAAGCAUUAUGAUGAAUUAAACUCAACCUUUAACUGGCCUUAAUUGGACUCACUUAACACCACCAAACUAUAAUAGAAGUGCUAACAUCGACUGGACUGAGACUCUUUUCUGGGGAUCUGGCAUUAAGACUGUCGGAGGAAGAGCUAACGUUACUUUCGCGACCAGCGAUUUAAACACUGCUUAUAGAAUCUAAGCUAAUUUCUACUCUAACGUAGGUGUUGCAACUUCAUACAAAAGAUUCACUGUUGGAAAAGCAUUCAACUAUAGAUUCAAAAUGCCAUCACAAAUGGCUGUAAAUGACACAUACAAUGCCACUCUUACCAUUGAGAACUUCUCACCAUCAAACAUCACUAUCUAAGUUAUUCCACUUCAAUUGGAUAACAGCAGUCUCUUAGUUACAACUGACAAUGGAAGUGACCUUAGUCUCUUUAGAUUCUAAUCAUUAGCCAACAGAACUCAAACCUUUAAUGUUAAUGUAACUCCAUUGAAAGCUAUCAAGAAAGCAUCUCUAACUCUUGCAGUCAGAGGUAAUGCUAGUGAUUUACUUAGUAAUUACAGCGAAGUAUUCACUAACUCAUACAGAGUCUUCAACAGUGGCCUAACCAGAAAAUUCUUAUAAGCUGGUGCAAUCUCAACUAACUCAAGUGACAAUUCAAGCUCUGUAAACUUUACUGUUUCAUUCCCAGAGAAUGUUACUAUAAAUACCACCCAAGGAACAAUAUAUUUAACUACUUAAUUAUUCUCCACCUUAACAACUUUCGUUAAUCUUUUCGAAUAAGUUGAGCCAGUUACUUCUGAUGAUAUUAUUGGUAGAAUUGAUAUCCUCUAAAUGCUCCUAGAUCAAAUGUAGCCUAUGCUUGCCUAAAUGGGACCCAAUCUUCCGCCUUCAAUAACUGGAUUCAUUAAAGAAAUUAACUGGAAACAAACUUAAUACUUGAAAAAACUAAUGACUUAUGCUAUUAACUCAGGCUCAUUUUAAUCACCAAGUUAUCAAGGAUUUGACAACUUCAGAGGUGAUAACACUACCGACACUAGAAAGACUGGUUCAAUUGUCAACACAGCUUAUGCUGCCUUCAUUCUAAACACAAAUCCACAACUUCUUAGAAACCUCAAAGGUGCUAACGAAACAUACUAAGCUGCUGUUAAAUAUCUUCUCCAAAAAAGAAGCUCAAAUGCAAUUCUGACCUAAAAAGAUACAGAUUCAGAUUAUACCUAUAGAAUCGGUUAAGUUACUCUCAAUGCUUUCUACACAUUAUGCCUUAAUCAAUUAAGAGUUAAUGCUUCUACCAAUGUGACUGUUAAUAACACAUAAGAAAUCAGAGCACUUAUUACAGCUAUUAACUCCACCACUAAUUUCUCUAUUAACGCAUGGCAAAAUAUUACUUCUGAUCCAUAUCAACUUGCUUUGACAAUAGUUGCUGUUGCUACUGCAAACCAAAGUUUCAUUACUCCUUAGAUCUAAAAUUUUACUCAGAAUGUUACUAUUCCUCAACUUCUUAAGCACUUUGACAAUAUGACUGGUGCAGUACAACCUGCUCCAUAAACUGUUAACAUUACCUAAUCUCCAUUCAACUCACAAGGAAAUGAUAGAGUUGUUGAACAGACAUCCUGGUCAAUCAUGGCUUUAGCAAUGGUCAACGCAACUAGAUACGCUCCAGCAAUUAGACUUGCUGCUAACUUCUUAAGAAGACAACAUCCAAUGGCUAUCAUCUAAAAUGGUUAUACUCUUGACAUUAUGCUCAGAGCUCUCUAAAUGAGUGAAAUGAUAUCAAACUAAGAACUCCUUGGAUAGUAAGAAUCAGCAACUGUUUAAGUCAGUUACAACGGCUCAGUAUUGUAAUCAAAUUAAUUCUCAGGAGGCUCAGGCGCUAUUUAUAAGCUCAACAUUAGCAACCCAGUCUUUAAAGCAAAUACCACUGGAAAUUUCACCUUUAAGGUUACUCAAGCUUCCAACGAUACUAAACAAAUCUUCUAUUUCGCAGACUUGAGUUAUGUUGAUAACAAAUUCAAUGGUGUUCCUCCAAGACCUAAUGAUGUUAACGUGUCAAUCUCCACUAACUACACUCAAAAAGAUGUUAGAGACAAAAAUUUCACUAACCUUUAUGGUUACGCUGUAACUGUCCUCAACCAAGAUCAAUUAAGAGCUUCUAGCCCAGUUUACGUUACAUUGAGAAUCCCAGCUUGCCUUGACACAGACCAAAAACUUCUAUCUGAUUCUUUCAGAUCUCAAAAGGUAGUAGUUGCAGACUUUAUUUCUAAUGAUGAUGAGCAUCUUUUUACAGUUCUUGUAAAGCCAAUUGAAGCCAAGAAAUCUACUGUAUUUAAUGUUGCAGUAAGAUAGGUAGACCAAGGUUCUUGCAAAAUGAGAUACGUUACUGCUAAGAACAAAGGUAGCGGAGAAGAAUAUGCUCUCAAGUUUAAUGGAAUUUGA